UUAUCUAACACCAUGCUAGUUUACAGGCUGCUCCUUCGGUGCGGCGGCCAUCUUGCAGUACGAGUCUUUGAAGAGGCAGGUGCAGAUGGCCAGAGAGGAGCAGGAGGCAGAGAGACUGGGCCAGGGCUCCCAGGACAUGAGUGUGUGGCACUCCUGGUGGAGGCAGCUUCCAGAGCUGCAGAGACAGGCCAUCAUGCUGCUGUCCCUGCUGGACGACGCCUGGAGCUCCCUAACCCAGGGCCAGCGCACCGCCACUGGUAUAAUAGUGAUGAAUGCAGCAGUGUUAUGCUGUUGGAGAAUCCCCUCCCUGCAGAGAACCAUGAUCAAGUACUUCACCGCCAACCCAGCUUCCAAGACACGCUGCCUACCCAUGAUCCUCUCCUGCUUCUCUCACUACUCUGUUCUGCACCUGGCUGCCAACAUGUACGUCCUGUGGACCUUCUCCUCCACCAUCGUCAACCUGCUGGGACCCGAGCAGUUCCUCGCUGUCUACCUCUCCGCUGGUGUGGUCUCCACCAUGGUCAGCUACUCCUGUAAGGCUGCCACACAUCGCCUGCACCCGUCUUUAGGAGCGUCGGGGGCGGUGAUGGCGGUGCUGGCAGCGGUGUGUACCAAGGUACCAGAGGCCAAGCUGGGAAUCAUCCUCCUGCCUUUCAUCAGCUUCACCGCUGCCAACGCGCUGAAGGCUAUCAUUGCCAUGGAUACAGCGGGGCUGGUUCUGGGAUGGCGUGUGUUCGACCACGCGGCCCACCUGGGCGGAGCUUUGUUUGGAGUCUGGUACGUGGCCUACGGACACAAGCUGAUCUGGAGGAAGAGAGAGCCACUGGUCAAGUUCUGGCACAGCCUACGCUCCCAGGCCCCCGGAGGGGGUCGCCCGGGGGGGACGGGGCCCUAGGCUGGCCUGUGUCUGUGUGUGUGUGUGUGUUCGAGGAAUGGAAUUGUUUGUGCAUUAUAAGACUGUAUAUACACAUUUUUUUGAAAAAUGUGUGUGUGAAUACAUGUGAGAGAUGUGUGUCUCCUGUGAGAUGUUGGUAAAUUGAGUGUGUGUGUGUGUGUGUGUGUCCUGUUCUGGAGCAAAACCACAAUAAACUUCCUCAUUGACCCAAA